GAGAGUGUGUGAGAGUGUAAACGCCUACGAGUUUCAUGCAGUGUUUGUGGGACAAAGUGGACUUUAUGGACCUAAAGGAAGGGAUGAACCGGUCUGGUGUGAGCGACCCGAACGUGGGAUGGUGUGAGAACGGCACGGAGGAGGUGGCGACACCGGGGAAGCUGGCGCUCGGCAUCGAGGCGGACAACGUGGUCGCCCUGCUCGCGUUCGCGCUCAUCUUUGCUCUGGGUGUCCUGGGCAACUCGGUGGUGAUCGCGGUGCUGGCGCGCAGACGUCCCGGAGCGCCGCGCGGCACCACCAACAUCUUCAUCCUGAACCUGAGCGUGGCCGACCUGUCCUACCUGCUCUUCUGCGUGCCCUUCCAGGCCACCGUGUACGUGUUGCCCACCUGGGUUCUAGGCGCGUUCCUCUGCAAGUUUACGCACUACUUCUUCACUGUCUCCAUGCUCGUGAGCAUAUUCACGCUCUCCGCCAUGUCCGUGGAUCGCUACGUUGCCAUCGUGCACUCUCGCAGGUGCUCCGGGGUGCGCGUGGCUCGACACGCCGUGCGCGCCAUCGCCGUGAUCUGGGCGCUGUCGCUGGCCAUGGCAGCCCCCGUGGCGCACUACCAGAACAUCAUCAAGCCCAAGGAGAACGACACGUACUGCUGGGAGCUGUGGCCGAGCGCGCGGGACAGGAAGAUCUACGUGGUGUGCACGUUCGUGUUCGGCUACGUUCUGCCGCUGCUGCUCAUCUCCUUCUGCUACGCCAGCGUUUUAAACCACUUACACAAAAAGCUGAAGAACAUGUCCAAAAAAUCAGAGGCAUCUAAGAGGAAGACGGCACAGACAGUGUUGGUGGUUGUGGUGGUGUUCUGCCUCUCCUGGCUUCCUCAUCACAUCGUCCAUUUGUGGGUGGAGUUUGGCUCAUUCCCUUUGAACCAAGCCUCUUUUACGUUCCGUGUCAUUGCGCACUGCCUGGCCUACAGCAACUCUUCUGUGAACCCCAUCAUCUACGCUUUCCUCUCUGAAAAUUUCCGGAAGGCAUACAAGCAAGUGUUCAAGUGCCAGAGCAAAGGGGGAUCUCCAUCCAACAACAUUAAGGGAGUUCGCAGCAAAGCUGAGAUGCCGCCGAUCACCAACUGUACCAGCGUUUAAUGGAUACUCACUGCAUGUCAAAAGGAAAAAGAGCAUUUUCUUUCUCAACAUAAUAAAUCCUGACCUGGGCUAAGGACCAUGAAAGACAAUUAAACUACUAUAUGUAUAUAAAUCCUCCCUUAUGCAGUAUGUACAGUAUACAGUCUUUUGCCCUAAUAUUCGUGCCUGUCCUCACGUGAUGUGAUUUCCCCAGCCUGGUUUCCAUGUCAAUUUGCUUCUUGUAAAAACAAACAUUUAGGGCAUGAGAGGAAAUUCUUGGUGGAGGAGUCAGGAACAAGUAGAAGG